AUGCGCGCCGCGAAGGGCGUGGCAGAUACGGCGGGUGCCCAAGACGCGCAGGCGCUCGCAAGCUGUGACGGCCAGCGUGACCACCCCAGCGGCGGCGCCGCCAGUGAGGAGUGUGCAGACGCGCCGCCCCUGGACCUGCAGCCGGCGACCCCCGUGCUCUCGCGCCGCGGCGGCGCCUGGCCCGCCGACCCCUCGGCUCCCAGCGACGCCGCCGGCGCCGGCGAGGGCGGCGGCGGCGGCGCCUGCGCUGCGGCUCUGGCGCCCAUUCAAGACCUGCAGCCGCUCGAGAUCUCCACGAUUGCUGCAGACACGUGCGCUUCCGAGCCCGCCGCAUCGCUGGUCCCCUCAAGCCCGCAGGAGGCGAUCAGCCCUUGGGCUGCUGUGGCUUCUUCAUGCGAGGUGGGCCGCUGCGCCGGGUCAUGGGACGGGGAAGCGGGGUAG